UUCAGCAUAGGGGAGAUUCGUUAUGAUGGGAAACAGAACCAGUCGUGUCCAGGGUCUCUCAGUCCUUCUCAAGUGCUUACCGACAGACACAUGACAUCUGGAUCGGCACCCAGAGAGGCUUUAGCUCGAACCCCGCCAGCUGUUGGCAGUUUGUGGAGCCAGUUAUGUAAGCCUGACCCGCUCUCCUUUCUGCCUCACGCCAUGCUGUGCACUUUAUCAGAGCACCGUUCUCAAUAGUGGUCCUGUGGUGUUGCCUCCAUAAACUACAAGGGCCUUUUCCGCUCCGCCAUCCAUCUUCCACAGCUGAAAAAGCUAAGCUGCCCUCAAUUGUUGAUUGCCGAGAAAGAAAACAUUCUUCGAUGUGCUGCACCACACAGCAGAACGUCAGAAGACUGAAAGAUUGCCCCCCGUCUUAUCUGCAUGUCCACUGUGGACAUACACGCAUGCAUUCCAGUGCAUUUGUGAAUGGCCGCCAUUGUUUCCGCUUUCUUUGAGGCAUCGAGCAGCUGGGUCUGCCAGCACCUCCCUUGGCAGCACGCCAAGACACGCCCCUGCUCGAUCGCCCACGCGGCAGCGAAGCUGCAGGCGAUCGCUCAUCAGCGCACCUGGGAUUAAUGAGAGGGAACAGCAUAAAGACCAGCGGACACUAGGAACCUUUGCCGGAACGUAGUUUCACUCUCGCAUUUAUUCCCCGUCUUCCAUGAUCAAGUUGUACAUCUCGACUUCCAUCUGGUUUCCUGACUGCCUUCCCCGAUCCUUGACCCCUGCUUGGACACGGACAUCGUUGCUUCUCUCCUGCCCCCGACCGCUUGCCUUCCCACGGACCGCCUUGCCCCCUUGGUUCCACGAAAGAUACAUCCAACCCGCACAGACAACAAAGCCUGUUCUGCGGUGGUGUCGUCUACUUCCACGGCCGUACACAACAAAAUGAUGACGAGGAAAAAUGGCCCUCACUCCAGUCCAAGGGAGCAGAGUCGAAGAAUGCACACGUUUGCUGUUAUCACUUCGUUAAAGUAUAAAACAGCAGGGCAUCUCUUUGUUCGACGCCGGUCAACGCGCCAUCUUUAAUAUCAACACUGACGCCAGAAGCACCACCUUGUUUGGCCUCCCGCAUCUGUCAUGAUGAUGACAUCUGCACUGCUUAAGAGGACAAGAAAGACAGAAGACAGACAAUGAGUGAUGAAACAGCCACUAAAGACUUCCUCUUUAAGUUCUUGGUGAUUGGCAGCGCCGGGACGGGGAAAUCCUGCCUCCUCCAUCAAUUCAUUGAGAACAAAUUCAAACAGGACUCCAACCACACCAUCGGAGUAGAGUUUGGUUCCAGAGUGGUCAAUGUCUCUGGGAAGACGGUCAAGCUGCAGAUCUGGGACACUGCUGGGCAGGAGCGGUUCCGUUCUGUGACACGCAGCUACUACCGCGGAGCAGCAGGAGCGCUUUUGGUCUAUGAUAUAACCAGCCGAGAGACGUACAACGCGCUGACCAACUGGCUGACGGACGCACGCACGCUAGCGAGCCCCAACAUCGUUAUCAUUCUGUGUGGCAACAAGAAGGACCUGGAGGCAGAGCGAGAGGUCACAUUCCUGGAGGCCUCGCGCUUUGCUCAGGAGAACGAGUUGAUGUUCUUGGAGACCAGCGCUCUGACGGGGGAGAAUGUGGAGGAGGGUUUCCUCAAGUGCGCGCGCACCAUCCUCAACAAGAUAGACUCGGGUGAGCUGGAUCCAGAGAGGAUGGGCUCAGGCAUCCAGUACGGGGACGCGUCACUGCGGCAGCUGCGACAGCCGAGAGGCAGCACGGCACAGAACAAGCAGCAGUGCAGCUGCUAGGAACGUGGCCCCCUCCCUUAAAGACCUCCCAUACAGGUCAGUGUUACUGCUCCAGUUGUUUUGGGGUGUCCACACCUCACAGCACCUGGAUGAGUGGAAAUCACUGACCUUUGACCCUCCGGUAAGACUUAUUUAUGCGUGCCGACACACGCAGGGAUUGUUCGGUCCUUACCAGAUCGUAGUGGACACGUCUAGGCGCUGUGUAUUCAUGUUUUUUAUUUCAUACAUGCGCUCCUUGUUCUGGUUUUAUAACAUUUGCACUGCUUUUUGUCCCUAAAUUAUUGUUAUUGCCUUUUUUUUUUUUUUUGUCUUUUAAGCAUUUAAAUAUUCACUGUGGCUUUCCAGUGUCCAAAUGCUACACAGCAAAUGUUUGGAGGAGGUUUAAGAAGGUGUCUCAUAGCUAAUUCCCACCUCGCCAUCCUAAAUGCACUUUUAGCGGGACUGCUGGCCUUAAUAAAAUGCACCUUGGUGGAUGAACGUC